GAUUUCGUUUUGCGCAUGGGCAGUGUAUUGCCAGUUCUAACGUCAGCCAUGUCUAAUCCUAGAUUUUUUUCUUUCUGCGUAAAUUCUUGAUACAUUUUCUUUGACAUCUUUGAACAGUGCAAGUGAAAAAAAAAAUGGCUGAGUCAGUUGGAUGUGAUCACUACGUGCGCAACUGCUUGUUGAAAGCUCCGUGUUGUGGUAAAGUUUAUAUUUGUCGACUGUGCCAUGAUGCUGAAGAGGACCAUCUAAUGGACCGCUUCUCGGUCAAAGAGGUCCAGUGCUCUGUCUGCAACACCGUACAGCAGGCACAACAAACUUGCCAGGAAUGUAAAGUGAAAUUUGGGGAAUAUUACUGCAAUAUAUGCCACCUGUUUGAUAAAGACAAGAAGCAAUAUCACUGUCAGCCUUGUGGAAUAUGCAGGAUUGGACCGAGUGAGAAAUACUUCCACUGCGAGAAGUGCAAUCUCUGUUUAGCCGGUGAUUUAAGAGGAAAUCACAAGUGUGUUGAAAAUGUUUCAAGGCAGAACUGUCCAGUGUGUAUGGAGGAUAUGCACACAUCCAGAAUAGGAGCUCAUGUUCUUCCAUGUGGCCAUCUUCUACACAAGACUUGCUUUAAUGAGAUGGUUCAAACUGGUGCAUAUCGCUGCCCACUCUGUAUGCACUCUGUUUUGGAUAUGGAGAACUACUGGGAGCAGAUGGACAAAGACAUUGCUCAAUCCCCCAUGCCCACUGAAUACCAGGAUGCCACUGUGAAGAUCAUAUGUAAUGACUGCCAGACCCACUGCACGGUGCCCUUCCAUGUUUUGGGAAUGAAGUGCAGUGGCUGUGGGUCUUACAACACAGCACAGGAUGGUGGACUGAUAGCCCAGCCCCAGGAACCAGCGCCCCAGUCCCCAGCACCAGAACCAGAGCCCCAGUCCCCAGCACCAGAACCUUAGAUGUAGAAUACCUGUAAUUCUUGGGACUCUAUUCUUUGUUGUCUGUGUCCAAUGUCUAUGCAGCCUUAACUAUGCUAGUUUAACUCCACAUUUUUAUGCCAUUGCUCUGCAAAGGUAAUCCUGCUUGGGAUCCAGUGUGCAAUAUGUUUUUGGAAAGGACAUUUUUCACAUACCUACUAUAAAUGGCUAUUGAUCCUUUCUUUACAUGAAAAGUAGAUUUGUGAAUGAGGGCUGAAUAAGGGGAAACAAUUGCAUCUUUGCAUGUCUAAACGCCUAAGUGCUUCAGACUGAUAUUUUACUAAGAGGAUAUGUCUGUAAAACUCAGGUAUUUGAAGUGUUUAAUUUGUAACAUUGUGUUCAUUCCAUCUAUGAGUUUAUUUAUUUUACCUAGCCCCAUAGAUUAUGUACAUAUUGUUCCAUCGGUACGGCUGUAAGAAUGGAGUUGCGUUAAGCCAUGCUUAACUUGUCAGUACUAUUGCCUGAAAAGUAGAGAAUAAUUAAGUACUCCUUUGUAUUGCCUUGUCAUUGAUGCAUACAUUUGGGAGUAGUGAAAUUCACUAAGAAAUGAUUGUACGGAAUGUUAUUUUGGAUUUGCAGUUAAAAUAAAUGUAAGCUUAAAACAAAA